AUAGCUUAAGAAAAUUAGACAUUUUCUAGUUUAUUUUAGUCUUUUUACCCCUCAAAAAAUGUCUCUCUGACUACCUGAAUCCCUUCCGCUACUGAGUCUCCAUCCGCCAGCCAUGGAGAAUGACGAAAAAAGCGCUAACCAAGCAAAAACAGAACCAUCUCCGGAAAAAUCUGCUUUUCAGUCGGGCGAUUCGUUCAUCAUCAACCCUUUGGAUGACCAUGAAAUCGGCUAUUUAGACUCUGAAGGUGAGGAAAUGAUGAACCGACAAUCGUCAACAGCAAAUACAGCGGAAGACUUGUCAACCAUGUCUGCGGGAAAUAGCGCCCAACGUCGAUGGUCCUUGAACUUUAGUCGAAAUAAAAAGUUUUUGUAUCAAAAGACUGUCAGUUUUAAGCCAGCAAGGAGAUUGAGACGUUCCUUUGACAAUCCGCUGGGUAGUCAGAAGUACGAAAACAUCGAAACAAUCACGGAAGACUUCGAACAACACGAAGAACUAAUGGAAGACUCGCAACUCGCCGAGCAAUUACGUGUUCAGACAAUUCGUUCCUUGCCGCAAACGUUAUCCGUGAAACGCGAAAUUCGCGCAAAUCUCUCAAAGACCAUCGGGCGUCGUAGUAGCGCCAAUAACUCGGGAGAUUUUUGGAAACAUUGCAAAAAUUACGGAAAACUUUUGUCGAAACAGCUUCAACGACGAAUCGAGCAUACCGGAAAUCGUUUCGAAUUGUGGUACGACUCCUUAAAAACUGUCGAAGGGCAUUUUGGAAGCAGUGUCGGAGCAUAUUUCCGAUUUUUGCGCUUUUUGUACAUCACAAACGUAAUUUUGGCGGUUUCGAUGAUCGCUUUUGUUGCUUUUCCCCAAUGGUUGUUCAACAAUACGGAGAAUCCGAUGAUUUGGCGCCCCAAAAAUGUCACGAAAAACGAAAGUCAGAUCUUGUUGACGCCGGAAUUGAAUAAUUGGGCAAAAUAUGAAGUCGUCAUUCCAGAAAAUUUGACUGUAGAGACGUUAGAAAGUAAAGUAGAUGAGAAAAAAUUGACAAAAAUUCAUGAACCGAUUUAUUUUUCGGAUAUUUUUACCGCUUUGCACGGUUUGAAGUCAUCAAUAAUGUUUUACGGAUCUUAUACCAACGAAACGUUCGCUUUGAAGGUUUCCAACUACUACAGCAUGCCUCAUGCCUACCUGAUUACCACAAGUGUCUUAUAUACUCUUGUUUUUACGAUUGUUUCGAUCAAUGUAGCGCGCUCCUAUCGUCGUAGUUUCAUCGAAUCAUCGGGCGCCAUCCAUAAACUCUUUUCACAUCGGAUUUUAUGUGCAUGGGAUUUUAAUUUGUGCUUCAUACGCGGCGCAAAAAUGAAGAGAGAUGCAAUUGUGCAGGACUUUCGCGAUUUGUUGGCGGAAGUAAAUGCAAAAGCGGAAGCUCCUGAGACGAAUUUGCGACGUUUUUAUGGAUUAUUGGCACAAUUGAUGGCUCACGUGUUAGUUGUGUUGCUAAUGAGCGGCGUGGCGAUCGGGGUUUGGAUGCUUCUGUUGAGUCGAAAUGCCGGAAGAAUUGACGAUAGGCUUUUUUCGGUAUUUUAUUUGCCGAUUGCGGUUAAUAUUAUUGUCAGUUUCUUUCAAAAUGUCUUCGGAUGGAUUGCGAGCAUGGAAGAAUAUCACUCACCCGGAACAGUACUCCAUAUCCAUCUCUUGAGGAAUUUUUUGCUUUUGGCAUCAAUUGUUGGUCCCCUAACCCUAUAUUGGAUCGAAGAAAGUCGCAAUAUCCAUUGUUGGGAAACUGCCUUCGGACAAGAUAUUUACCGCAUCAUUGUCGUCGAUUUGCUCUUCAGUUGUUUGGGUGUUCCGUUCUACUAUGCGCUCCGUUACGUGCUUCACAGACAAUUUCCACACAAUUUUUCGUUGCCGCCAUUCAACAUAUCGCAUGCUUGCCUUAAAUUAGUAUUUAGCCAAACACUUACGUGGCUCGGGGUUUUGUAUUCGCCGCUGCUUCCGCUCGUGCUUGUCAUCAAAAUGGCGAUUAUUUUCUACAUCAAGAAAUAUACUUUGAUCAAGUUUUGUAAGCCGCCUCAGAAGCUAUGGCGCUCAAGCCAGACACGAACUCUCUUCAUGGUUUUGACUUUUUUGUCACUUUUUAGUGCGAUUGUCAUCAAUUGUUACAUCGUUACUCAAGUUUCUGUGAGUAAAAAUUGCGGACCGUUUCGCGGAAGUGAAGAAAUGGUCGAAGUUCUUAUCAAAGAUAUUGAUGUAUUGAAAGAUGACAAUAUGUUUUGGAGCAUCAUCGCAUCUCUCACGAAACCCGCUGUCGUUGCCGGAAUUCUUCUCACAAUGACCGUCAUUGUUUAUUAUUUGCGCGCCAAGUCACGAGCCCACACAGAAAUGGUCAAACUUCUAAAGGAAAUGUUGUAUUUAGAGGCUCGCGAUAAGGCUUUUCUCAUUUCCAGCAUCAAACAAUUGACGAAUAACAGCGGAUUUUUGCUCGAAGAUGCGGAUUUUGUGUUGCGGGGCAAACCUUAUAUGCGUCAUUCGCGUAAUAAUAGUUGCACAACGUGGGUUUUCACAACUUCGCCGAGUCACAGUAGGAAUCCAAGCGGCAAUAAUCCACAUAUCACAACAACUACAGUUGUCAAUCACAAAGUAAAUAGCAAUCACGCCAGCAAUGGCAACAACAACAACAACAAUAAUAAUCAAAUUAUACAGGAAAUAUCUGAUCCGAAAAAUGUGUGAUACGUGUAGCCAAAUUGUACCAAAGACCAAAAAAAAAAAUUUUUCCUGAUAUUAUUUUAAAAUUUUUUUUCGCGUGAACUUUGACCAAGUAACUUCUCUCAGCAGCCACGAGAAUUUUUAAAAAGGAGUAUUAUUUGUGUGUCAAUUAGAUAAAAUUUACAUGUUAGGAGUGAAAUUGCAAUAUUUUUAGAUGAUAAGAAGAAAAUCGAAUCGUUUUGUGAAUUUUGUUGUACCUACAAAGAGAGCAAUAAAA